CCGCACACGCAGAGCCUGGAGACGCUGAACCUGGGCCACAACCCCAUCGGGAACGAGGGGGUGCGGAACCUGAAGAACGGGCUGAUCGGGAACCGCUCCGUGCUGCGCCUCGGCCUCGCCUCCACCAAGCUCACCUGCGAAGGGGCGGUGGCGGUGGCCGAGUUCAUCGCCAAGAGCCCCCCCUCGAUUAGAGUGGGAAUCCUCCCCCCAUCCCACGGAAAAGGGAAUUGUGAAGCCCCAGGGCUCUCCGUUCCCAAACAUUCCAGAGGCUCCUCUUCUCCCUCACCACAGGUGAAGAGCUUCAUCGAGACGCAGAAGGCGCUGCUGGCCGAGAUCCAGAACGGCUGCAAGAGGAACUUCAUCCUGGCCAAGGAGCAGGAGGAGAAGGAGCAGCAGCUGCAGCCCUCGGCCUCCAUGCCCGAGAUCACCGUCACGGGCCCGGAAAACCGGGAUGGAGACAAGGAGGAGGACAAGGAGGAGGAUGAGGAGGACAAUUCGGACACGGACGAGGAAGGGGCAGAGCCCGAGGGCUCGGGCCCCCCCCGGCCCCCGGAGCGGCCGCAGGAUCGGCCCUGCCCGCCGCCGGCCCCCCGGGAAGCUCCUGCGGCCUCCACCGCGGCCUCCACCGUGGCCUCCACCGCGGCCUCCCCGGGCCUGCAGAGGAGGAUCUCGGUCUCCAGCCCCGGCAGGGGCCACAAGGUCUUCGUGGUGACGCGCGUGGAGCCCCUGCCCGACGGAGGAGACGCCGGGAGCCGGAUCCGGAUCCAUCCCGGGAGAACGGGGCCGUUCCUGAGGGCCACCAACCCGCGCCGGAGCCGGAGCCGGAUCCGGAUCCAUCCCGGGAGAACCGGGCCGUUCCUGAGGGCCGCCGGCCCGACCCGGAUCCGGAUCCAUCCCGGGAGAACGGGGCUGUUCCUGGGGCCGGCCGUUCCUGAGAGCCGCCGGCUCGACUCGGAGCCGGAUCCAUCCUGGGAGAACAGGGCAGUUCCCGGGGCCGUUCCUGAGGGCCACCAGCCCGACCCGGAUCCGGAUCCAUCCCGGGAGAACGGGGCCAUUCCUGAGGGCCACCAACCCGCGCCGGAGCCGGAUCCGGAUCCGGAUCCAUCCCGGGAGAACGGGGCGGUGGUCCCCGAGGGCCCCCGGUGUGGGACCCCCUCCCGGGACCCUCCCCUGCCCAACGGGCUCAAGGCGGAUUUCGCUUUCGCGCGGGCGCUGCCGGAGGCGCCCUCGGAGGGCGGCGGGAAAGGCGGGAGCUGCGGAGCCCAGCACGAGCUGAGCUGCUCCAAGAAGGAGCAGGAGCUGGAGGAGCUGCUCCUGGAGGAGCUGCUCCUGGAGGCCAGUCGGGAUCCGGGCCAGGAGCCGCUCUGAGGCCGCAGGU